UAAAUAUGUACAAAUAAAAUAUCCCACGAACAGCUUUGCCAGGCGGCCCGCUUCUCAGCCACCAGUUACCAUGCACCCAUCUGUUAAGGUGCUAGCACACAAACCUCUCAUCAGCUUCAUCGGAAAGCGUGUAUGGCCGGCUACUGCAGGUCCUUCUCACCCUCAUCCAGCUGCUCCUCCAGAAUGGCAAAAGUCCUUUUCUGAAAAGGCUGUUUCUCAGAGCUCACCCCGAGCACCGCAGGAUCAUGCUGCAUUCCUAGAAUUCUGGGACGCUCCAGCACGCUUCUCGAAACCAUCCUCCAGGUACUUGGAACAAGUCGAGAUAGAUGCUAUACUGGUCAGUAUUUCUGUGUAACACAUGAUUCAGUACUCACAGUCGUGCAGAGUGGGGGAGCUUCUCUGCGAUAGAAUAGAUAAAUCCGAUAGACAUCAUCUGCAAUUCAUACCGCAUUAUCCCAAAAACUUAUCUAAAUUACUCCGAG